AGACGAAGAAGAAGAAACGUCUUUGCUGGUUGACGUCGGUGUCUUCAGCCGCCUUGUCUUUCUUCAUUUAAAUUUAACUCCGUAAACAGCUCAGAAAGCAGUAGAAGGACGCACGUCCAGUUUUUGUUAUUUUUUUGUGUUUGUUUUUCGAACGGGACGGUGAGGAAUUGCAAAGUUUCUGGACAGCAUCCUUGCAGUCCAACCUCCACACCACAAUGAUCACCAGAAGAAGAGGCCGCGCUGUCAACAAGUCUGUGGAAGUUGAAAUGACAGAUGCUGUCGAAGCUGUUGAAGAUCUCCCGAGUCAACCUGAGGACUUCCCAACUGAUGUCGCUGGAAUAGAACUAGAAGACCUGUUUGGAAUCGAAGACUUAAAAUGGACACUAGAAAGAGAUACUUCGUCCUCCCUGUUCGAUAUGGAGUUGGCUGAUCUGGGUGUGUACUCUGCCAAAGACCAAGACUCCGGGCUUGAAGCUUCUACAGCCUCAUCUCCAGAGAGAAUGUCGCCCAACUCCAGGAUGAAGAACGGACAGAACCACUCGAGCCACGUGAGCAACAAAAACGCCAUCGCCGCCAGAUUGAAUCGUCUCAAGAAGAAAGAAUAUGUCAGCAACCUGGAGAAGAAGGUUGGCGUCCUGUCAGCAGAGAACAGCGUGCUCAAGCAGGAAAACUCUCAGCUGACCAAGAGAGUGGAAGAGUUGGAAGAUGAAACCAGGUACCUGAGAGCUGUGCUGGCCAAUGAGAGCAUGUUAGCCCAGCUCUUGUCCAGGCUGAGCGGUGUGAAUGGGAUGAAAUUAUCUUCCUCGCUUUUCCAGGGGCCCGACCCAAACGAUCACGACUAUGCCUUGCCCAGGAAACGCGUGAAAGUGGAGGAGAAAGAGACAUCCGGUGGAGUGUGUCUGCAUGUGGACAAGAAUCACGUCUCAGUGGAGUUCUGCACUAAGUGUGCAGAAAGUGCGAGCACGUCACUCAAAAUGUAGGGUCAAGUACUUAUCUCUGUUUUUACAUAUUGCGACCGAGCUUGACAUGACUCAGUGUACUGAACAUCUUGAGGUGGAUGAACACCGUUGAAUUAAGAUUACCUAAGAACUGCAGAAUGUGCAUGUGGUUUUCUGUGUUGAUGGAUUUAAGUACAUGUUACUGCUAAACCUUGUUGACAGUUUCUUCUAGGUAAUGGUUGAUCCACCAUGUGGGAUGAGUGGCUUUCUGAACACCUUUACCUGCUUGACUCCAUGUGGAUUCUGCUGGUGGAAGGGGAAGAGGCUGGACAAGCUGCUGCCAACGUGGCCUGGUAUUUUUGUAAAGGUAGUAUCGGUAACAAAUGGUAUAUGUGAUUAUAUUCUACCAAUACUCCACCACACGUGUAGCUGUAAGUCCUGUCAGUGAGCUCAUGCAGCAUUUUUGGGGGCGACUACAGCUGCUCCAUUACUCAAUACACUUAAAGCGAUUUUAUGUAAAUAAAGAUCAACUGUAACAAACUGUAAAUGUGUAUAUAAUUUUGAACACGUAUUGUUUGAGGUUAAUGGCCUUAAGAAUUGUUGGACAAAUAAAUCAUAUUUUCAUUACGUUUGA